AGGGCAGCCAAAACUCUAGAUUUUCCUUUCUCCCACUGUCUUUUUUUCAUGCAGGGUCUCAGAGACCACCAUGUUCCUCCAGCGUCGACACACUGCCACGACGAUAACACCAGUCAAAGCUGGAGGACGGUUGAUGAAAAGGAUGUCGACUAUUUUUAGCAAGCCUUCGUCGCAACGAAUGGUGGAACGAGUUGGAGUUGUGGAAGAGUCGGCGUCAGAAGUUGAGGAAGAGGUCAAAGUGUCCGUGUCGUCGAGUGAGUCAUCGAUGGAUGAUAUUCGUAGGCCGUCUGGGCUCGGGCCGUCGAUUGAGGAGCAUGCAAAGGUUAUGCAUGCGUAUCGUGUUCAGGUCCCGCCUCUCCCUGCAUACCGCCCGCCAAAACCACUGUAUGAUACCCCGCCUUUGCCAGUGGAGGUGCUGUCUGCGAUACUCUCGUUCCUCCCGCGCACGUCGGUACCCGCACUCGCCCUACUCUCUCGUGACUUCCUCUCUGCAGCCCAGGCUGUGUUAUACGGCAACCUGGACAUGGCAGGAGUGCAGAACCCCGACGCACUGUGGGUAUUCCUCGUCACACGACGAGACCUCACAUCGCUCACACACUCUCUUCACGUCCCUGCAUGGCCAUCACCGCAAGCUCGGAUGUACCUCAUACCACGCGUCCUCGCCCGCAUGGACAAUCUCCACUCCCUCGUUCUCCCUUCCUUCGAUCUCCACAUCGUGCGACACCACUCUGCGUUUGGUCUGCGUCAUAUAGAGUUUGGCAACACCCACCUCUCCGGGCAGGCCGAGGCAGACCUUCUCACGUGGUUGGAUGGCCAGACUAAUGUCAUCUCGCUCCGGUUUCCGUCCCUGCUUGAGGAUGGCGAUGACUCGCCACCAUCUACGCCACUUCCCACCACUCCGACGCGUACACGGCUUCUUUCCGCGCCCACCACACCUAGUCGGCUGUCUCUAUUUCCCAUGCCUCCGCUAUCCCCGCUACCACCAACUCCAACUCCGACUCAGGAUACAUUCACGCAUCCAGCGGCCACUCUUCUUCCUAAUCUUACCACGCUGCAUGCCCCGCCCCAUCUUAUCAUGCUCCUCGCACCCUCUCGUCCUCUAAUCGACGUGUCUAUAACUAUCUCCACCCCAAUAUAUGCAGGUUUUCGUCCUACCUCCACCCUCGAGUCCCUCCCUCCCUCCGUCCGCCGUCUCCGCUUCGUGUUCAAGUCCGUGGGUAAACGCACAGAAGAAAAGACACUCCGUAGUGCUGUCGUUGUAUGCCCUAACAUUGAAGAACUCGAGAUCGAAGGCGAGGGUGGCGAGGUGUGUUGGGGUAACGUCGUUCCCCACUUUAAGGCUCUCCGGGUACUGGUAAUGCGUAAACCGGGGAUCGCACAAGUGAAAACGGCGAAGGAAGAGCUCGAUGAGAGGUUCCCUCUUCCAAAACGAGCCAGAACACGCUCAACGUCCUCGACUAUCAGUCACUCUGGCCACUCGAUGGUAGUGAGCGAGCGUGCACGCGCAGCCCGGCUAGCUACCGCUUGUCCCACCCUCGAACGCGUCGUAUUUCCAAACGGAGUAGAGUGGCGGCGUCCGCCUCCUUCGCUACCGACUCUCCCCCGCUCGAGAUCCUCGCCGUGUCUCGUCACAGACGAUCUGUUUGUGAAGAGGGUUAAUCCAGGCGUUCCUCCUCUGCCGCCCCCUCCGAAGAAAGUGGUUCCGUUGAAGGAGCAGAGGUUUGCGAGGACGGAACCGGUGGAACGGGGGUUUUGUCCUUGAUGACAGUGAGGAUGAUGAUUUGUUCUUCAAACCCAGUCCGAGGAAGGAGAGUAGCUCGCUGCAAGGAUGUCGCGAACAAGUCGAGGUUGAUGUUCAAGGUGCUAGGAAGAUGGUCAUGGCGCUUGUAUAGCACUUCCUCAUCUAUCGUUACCCUCAAGGCUAUCGC